AUGGCUACUAACCCGGAGAAUGAAUUACGACAAGUUGCACAACCAUUACUUUCACCUUCUAUCAGUUAUGCUUACACUAACCUCUGUGUAACAAUAAUAAAGCGAUUAUACCCGGAUGAAUUAGAAUGGUCCAAAAGCAUUAUCGAUCAGUUAAGUGAUCACCUAAAAUUGACAAAGCCAGUCCAUGAUGCUAUGGUGAUGGCAUUACAAGAGGAUACUACUGAGGAAGCAGAGGAAACAUUACUAACUCUCCUACGUGAAGAUAUCAAGCCGACAGAAAAAUUAAUUCUUCUACCUCAGGAUUUAGUCACGCUGGGAUUACACUUAGGAUAUGAUGCUAGAACGAGAGUAUUAAUUAAAGAAUUGGCUUCGACAUUGUCUAUACCCUGGUUUCUUAUGGAAUCGUUUGAAAGUAACAUUGUGCAAAUGAUUUCAGGCUACUGUGAAUCUGAGUAA